AUGAACACUUCUUACGGUCAACCAAAAUUCAGUUGCAAUUCCGGAUAUACCUUUCAAGGAAGUAUCAUUAAGGAAUGCACAAAUGGUCUUGUGAGAGGAGAGAGAAUAUUCUGUACCAAGACGGGUUGCAAGGAGGUUCAGAGCCCGAAGAACGGAUCCAUUGUCUCUGUCGAAGGCCUAAAGGCGGUUGCGACAUGCGAUGAAGGAUUCGUUCUUUCCGGAAACAAGGUCACUUACUGCAACGGAGUUAAUUGGAACACUGACUUGGGAGAAUGCUUGAGGAUCAAUGCCACAGUGGACUAUUCCUGCAACUUCGAGACAGAAGAUCAGUGCGGUUGGAAGGCGAAUGACGAUCAGAGCAAUCCAUGGAGGAGGAUCAGCGCUGCCAAUCACUUCCACUCCAUGCGAACGGGUCCCCAGAGAGAUCACACUUUUCAAAGCGACUCCAAGGGACAUUUCAUUCGCAUGGAAACAAGCUCUUGGUUCUUUUACGAAAGCCACUUUGUAUCCCCGAUAUAUCCCAAGAACCUGACUUCAGGGAACUCCUUGUGCUUUAAGUUUCACGUAUUUAUGUAUGGACAAAACGUCAGAGAUCUGGUGGUGUCAGUCAAGCCCGAAAAAAUGGAAAUUGAACUUAUGAGGGAUGAGUACAAGAAGAACUCCACCAAAUUUAUUCUGUCUGGCGAUCAUGGCCGCCAGUGGCUUAGCUAUUCAAUCCCCAUCGACGAGAUGCAGGAGGACUUCCAGUUGAUCUUCACAGCCACGUCAACCAAUUCCCUGUUUGGGGACAUUGGAAUCGAUGAUGUUGAAUUGGCAAAUGGCGAUUGUAGGAAGAAUUUUGUCCCAGAAACCACAGAGUCUUUUGAAGACCCGAUGGUCGAAACCACCGAAAACACCGAAAACAACGAAUCCGCCAACUACAACGAAUACGCCGACUACAACGAAUCCACCAAAAACACCGAAUCAGUGAACAUGAAUGAAAAUUCUACAGAAAGCACACAAGUGCAGAGUGGGGCAAUGGGCUAUAAGAAGUUUGGAAUAUGCAACAUUGCUUUGCUAACUUUCGCGAUGAUUACACUUUUACUUAAGUAA